AUGGGAAAGAGAAAAUCAAAACAAGAAAUGGAUGAAGAAAAAGACAAUGUCCCAUCAUUAUAUUCCUUUUCUAAUGAAGAUGGAAUAAUUGAAAAUAAAGCACAUGAAAAUAUCAGUACUCGAGAUGAAAAAAUUAGUGAAAAUACUAUAAAUAAUGAAAUUAAACAAACCGUGGAGAAAGAUGGAGGAAAAGAGAGUUCCGAAGCUGAAAAGCAUCCCAAAAAACGAAAACGCAUCAUUACUAAAGAGAUAAAAGACGAAGUUGAUUCAAAAAUUCAAUCGCAAUCGAAAAAUCUAAAAAGCAAAGAUAAUAUCAAAAGUACGGCUAAUAAAAUGACGAAGAAGGCAUUAGAACCUAAAAAACAACAAAAAAAAAUCCAAAAAUCGUCUACGAAAGUGACAGAAUCUUUAUCCGAAGAACAGUCCGAUAUGCCUAUAAUGAUUGACGAUUUCAAAACUAUGGUAUCAACAGCAAAAGGUCGUUGGACAAUCGAAGAUGAUAAAUUAUUAUCUAAUCUUGUAUUAGCUCAUCUGCCAGAAAUUCGCUGGUCUAAUAUCUCGAGAGAAAACUUUCCUGAAAGGAACAGAAGCUCUUUAUAUAAUCGAUGGAAUGUAAUUAAGAAAAGAUUAUGGAACGGUAGUGCUGAACCCAAAGGAGAAA